AUGGUUGAGCGCAUCGUCGAGGAGAAUUGCUGCGACGUCAAUUCCGAUGUGGCACGCAAAACCGAGUUCGCACGGUACAGCAGCGAGGAGGUGUCGGGCAAUGAGUCUAACGAGGCCCGCCUGCUCUCGGAAGCCGAGCGGCAGGCCGACUUCAACCGGCACAAGGAGGAGAUGAAGCGCAAGCGGCGCCGAAAGAAGCGUGCCAGCUCAUCGAUGCAGUCGUCAUGUUUUCAAGAGCUGUACAAGCUGACUGGCGAGGUGCUGGGCGAGGGCGCGUACGCAUCGGUGCAGACCUGCAUCAAUAUCUACACCGAGCUCGAGUACGCGGUGAAGAUCAUCGACAAGAUACCGGGGCACGCGCGUGCCCGCGUCUUCCGCGAGGUGGAAACGUUCCACCACUGCCAGGGGCAUCCGAACAUCUUGCAGCUGUUAGAAUUUUUCGAGGAUGAGGAAAAGUUUUAUCUAGUGUUCGAGAAGAUCAACGGCGGCCCGCUGCUGACGCGCAUUCAGGAGAACGUCUGCUUCUCCGAGUACGAUGCGGCCCAGAUCAUCAAGCAGAUCGCGUCCGGGCUCGACUUUCUGCACAAGAAGGGCAUCGCGCACCGUGACCUGAAGCCGGAGAACAUCCUGUGCGUGGUGCCGGACAAGCUCUGUCCGAUUAAGAUCUGCGACUUCGAUCUCGGCUCGGGCAUUAAGUUCACCACCAACAUCUCGUCGCCGACCGCCACGCCGCAGCUACUGACGCCGGUCGGUAGUGCCGAGUUUAUGGCACCGGAGGUAGUCGAUCUGUUCGUCGGCGAAUCGAACUACUACGACAAGCGGUGCGAUCUGUGGUCGCUCGGGGUGAUCGCUUACAUUCUGCUGUGCGGGUACCCGCCGUUCUCCGGCAACUGCGAGCAGGACUGUGGCUGGAAUCGGGGCGAAAACUGUCGCACCUGCCAGGAGCUGCUGUUCGAGUCGAUCCAGGAGGGCCGAUUCAGCUUCCCCGAGAGCGAGUGGAUGGACGUGAGCGAGGAAGCGAAAGAUCUGAUCCGCGGGCUGCUGGUUAAGGAGGCACCGAAGCGCCUGAGCGCCACGGCGGUCCUGGAGCAUCCGUGGAUUCGCAUCACCGACGUCGCGAAGCAGAAGCAGCGCAACCGGGUGCUGAAGACGCCGGGCGUAAUCCGACGCAAUCAAUCAGCGUUGGAGUUGUCCCACUUUGCCGAAUCGGCGAUGGCGGUCAAGCGUGUCAUCAUGCAGCACUUUUCGAUGCGCUACGACUACAUGGCGAAGGAGCGCCCGAACAUCUAUCAACCGUCGUGUAACGGGCAUCAGCUGCAGUCGGGCCAACAACCACCGAUUGAGAUCACAGGUGGAGCGCCAAACAUCGGCAACACGGCUCAGCCGGUGACGUCGGUCGGUAACGGGCACGGAAACGAUGUCGCCAGCGGUGGGCCGGUGAUGCGACCGGCCGAAUCUAACGGAGUCUAUGAUGAAAAAUCCCUGCAGGCGAUCGGUGAAGCGAGUGGCGGUGACGAGAGACGGUUGUCGUGGGACGAUAGUCAGCAGGAGGAAGCGUUGGCUGAAGGAAGUGGUAAUAGGGACUACCAAGGAGAUGUGUCCAUCGAUCGGGCGGAGAACGUAGAGGCGCCAACCGAUAUGACUGCGGUGGUGGUGGAACAAGAGGAGGGCUGUGUGGCUGCGGCUGAGCAGCAGCAAGCUACCAGAGAGGAGCUUGGUUUGCCUCGCGAAAGUGACAACAGCGAGCAGCAGCAGCAGCAGGAACAGGAAUCGAUGCCGGUUGGUGAUGCCACUACUGACAAAGGAUUGCAAAAUUCCGAUUCACCGACGACGAAGACGAAGACUUUGAUGAACAGAACGAGGACAACGACUAACAACGCGGACCCGGAAAGCGCUGGUGGUGAGGUCGUGACGGCUGCCGUGGAAGAUGUGGUCAAGUGUCCCGACAGGUCGAAGGAAGCUAAUCGUCCUUCGGCGGCGGUCGCUGCGGUGAAGCGUGAUGCAGAUGACGAUGAACCGAAAAUACCGCCCGAAACUAGCUGGCGGUAUCGUGCUGCCGGGGCAGAUCAUCCUCAGGGCGGCGGGAUUCGUAACAGCCAGUUCUAUCACCGUCCCUCGUUGGCUCCUGUCGGGUUGGGCUAUAAGGGUGGCCGCACUGGCCAUUAUCACUCGCACCCUCAGCAUUAUCAUCACCAUCAGCAGCAGCAACAUCAUCAUCAUCAUGGUGGAAGCUACCACCACAACAAUAAUCAUCACUAUCGGCCACACUACGGAGGAGGAGCUGCUGGGGGCCAUUACCACCAUGGCGGCCACCAUGUGCCGCGAGCCAUCGUCGUUGGAACUAGCGGCGGCGGUGGAGGAGGCAUACCCAGCGGCAACCCGGCUGCUGUUCGCUACAAUCGUAUUAUGAGAAGCAAUAAUAGCGAGUCGUCCGAAAGUAUUGAUAUUCGUGCGGUGCACCUGAAGCAGCGACAGCAGUCAAUGCAGCAGCACCACUACGCACCUCGCGCCCAUAACCACCAUGGCCACCAUCACCAUCCGCAGCAUCACCACUAUCAGCUGCAAACGUCAGCUUCGCUUCCAUCCUGGCGCACACCACAGGCGUUCCAGCGAAGCACCAGCCGCUACACCGCGGGCGGUGACGACGAUACCGACAGCUAUCGCUACAGCAAUGGCGGCCCCCAGAACGGUAACGCUAAUGGCGGUGUUGGUGGAAAACUUGGCGCCAGCAGCAACGGUAACAACCCAACUAACUUUAAUCACCAUCAGUACAAUCGCGGAGGAACCAAUAAUGUUAAAAGUAAGCACUACGAGCAGCAGCAUCAUUAUGGAGGCAGUGGCAGCAACCUAAACAACAACCACAGCCACCAGUUCUAUCAAAGCAACGGCGGUGGCGGGGCUGCCGUCGUCAUCACCGGAAUGGCGGCUGGUGGCCACUACGGAGAUUACAAUAGUCAGCAGCAGCAGUAUGGUUACUACGGCGGUGGUUCCCAGCGGCAGCACAGUCCGUUGCCAUAUCGUGCGUUGAUGAUGCCGGCAGCCGCCGGCGGUCAGCAGCAAAAGCCACAGCACCACCACCUGAACCAUUAUCGUUAUCCACCAUCCGCCGGUAGUGGAAUGCAACGUCUGUCGAAGGCUGUCCCCGCAGCUGGUGCGGCCACUACAACUACGGCUGAUGGAGCGUCCGGAGAGGAUGGCUACGCCUGGCGUCCUAGUAGCGAUAUUGGUGGUGGUGGCCAUUCGAAGCAACAACCAGCAACGGCGCUAAUCGUCAUCGGCGGUUCGGCGUUAUCGUCGCCAUGGCAACAGCAGCAAGCGCAGAGUAGGAGUAAUGUGAACUGUGAUCCAACUACAAAUACUAUGAAUAGAUAUAAGCUUUAUCAUUCGAACUCGACCACGAUCGUGAGUGCGCUGAACCGGGAAACGCGCAACAACGGCUAUCAAUCGAUGAUGAUAGGUGGCUUCGAUCAGUUAAACUUAGACGACGGCGGUGGUGGUGGGGAUGGCGAUGGCGAUGCCUGCUUUGGUGGUUACCAUCGCGAGCAGCAGCGCCCAAGGCAGACGCAAUGCGGCGGAACCGCCGGUGCGAGCCCGGACGACGACGAAGAGUACCCGGUAGAAGCGGUGGUCCGCCAGCAGCAGGAGCAGCAGCGGAAAGCACUGCAACGACAGAUGCAGUUGCAGCCACGCCAGCAGACGGAAUCGAUAGACAGCAUCGACGAGGGUGUGUACAGCAGCAGCACCAGCAGCAGCAGCAGCAGCCACAACAGUUGCGGUGUAGGUGCGGAAUCCGGUCCCGCGGGAACAACCGGUGGUGGUGGUGGUACUGGUCCAAUGCAGCUGCUUCCGGUCGGGUUGUCGCCACCGAAUGAAAGCAUGCUGAUGCAGCGUCGGCUGUCGCUCAAAUCGCAACGCAGCAUUAGUGAUCCGACCGGAGCGGCGGCACCAUCAUCGGCACCGCCCCCGUCGAGUCCGAUUAAGGUGCAGGCGCAUCCGUUGGCCAAAAAGGCUCAGCAGCAGGCGGAGGAGGAGGAGCACCACCUCAAUAAUAAUGCCGACGAAGGCGUCAACCUAUCGUCGCCCGAUCAGCACAACGACGACGACGAGGACGACGAAGACGAUCGCCACCACCACCACCAUUAUUAUGAUCACUACCCUCAAUAUCAUCCCCAGCGCGUCUUUCCAUCACCAUCCGCUGGCGGACAACGGAAUGGAGUAACGGCUAGCUACGGCUACCGUCAUCCCUACCAUCAGCAGCAGCAGCCACGGCAGGAUCAUCGUGCAGCAUCAUCGCAACAAAGUGCAGUUCCCGUCACAACGCAAAGUGGUUAACGUGUGUGGCAUCCGAUCCUCUACACCCGAUCCCUACACUCGCUGCGAUCGCCCAUUUUUUCUCGAUUGUUGCUCCUGUGAAGCAACCGAGCGCGCAGGGUGUUGUGUGGGGAAUCUUUUGGCCGAUAUGGCCGAUUUUCGAUGGGAUUUUUGUUGUUGCUCCGGCCAGCUUGGGCGGUCCAGCUUGUUGUUGCGCUGCUGUUGCGUAAGUUUGUGGAAAUUUUUCGCGCAACAUAUUGAAGAUGGACGAAAGCGAGAGCCCUCUCGCUCUCGUCUCGGUACCUUGGGUUAUGUUGGCGCGCAAGGAGCAGCCAAAUUGGAAGAAAAUUGUUUACAAAAAGAGAUGUUGUUUAUUUUUCUUUUCUUUUUUUACAUUGUGCGUGUAUUACGGAGCCGCCUAGAAUGGCAGCACGCGCACCGCGUCGUGUGUGUCGGGCCGUCGGUCCCAUUGGUUGCUUUUUUCUAAUGGGCCAACGGCGUAUAAUGAUGUGUGGGGAGCUAAAAAUUGGCUGCGAACGGAAACAGGCGCAGGAAAAACGUGGCAGAUGAAUUGUACAUUAUGCGCUCCAAGAACCCAGAGCAGAUUGAGAUGAAGCGUGUGCGUCGCGUAUGCGUCGCGUAUGCUGCGUGUUAGCAUUAUUAUUGGAAACAUGUUGUUAUAUGGAAUAGUGAAAGUGAAAUGUGAAGAGAAAUAUAUGGAGUACUUUUUCUGUUUCGGGCCCGCAGCCUGCGCCUCUCCGAUCGUGCGAAAUUGGCAAACAGAACUCACAGAACACACAGAUCCACAAUCCGAGAUCGAUGCGAUCUCCCCAGCGCGAUCAGACAGGCGAAUUGGACAGGAUUGGAGACUCCGGCCUGGGAGAAGUCACUUUACUCGAUCGAGAAGGAGAGAGGGAGAGUACAAAGCACAAUCGUUCUACUGAUCGACGACCUCUGUCGAAGAUGAUCCGCCGAGCGGGAAUAUGCCUCCAGUUCCGUCGGUGGUGGUGCAGAGGAACGGGCGCCCGCGCAGUCAAUUAGAUAGAGAGAGGGCCAAGAAGUAAAAAUUGGGAAACGAUGCAGCGAAGAAUGCGAAGUGUGCCGGUUGUGGCCCCACAACACCCUCUCAGUACCGGCACACAGCACAGCACCACCAGAAAUACAACCAUACCUCUUUAUUAUACAUCAUCCUAAAGUAAAGGGCACGGCGCGCAGCCCCCGCCACGUGAAAGGGAAGGAACGGUGGGAAAGCCGAAAACCGAAGCACAGAACCUACACUUCCCCGGGUCUUAGCGGGGGCCCCAACACCGGGGAAGUCAAAUUGUUCGCAUUUAUCUUGCCAACACUGUAAAAGCACCUGAACGCGGUAAUUGGCAGAAUCUAAAGAGCGCGCGCGCGCGCGAGAGAGAGGGUUUUCGGUUCCUUAGUUUUGCUGGAAAGAUGAGAGAUUAAGGUCCAAAAAGGCCCGGCUCGCCAGGAGAAGAAGAGUGUAUGUUGUUGAAUUUGACGAACGUGCGCGCGUGUUUGUUUUCGGAUAUUUUCGAAGAUGAAACCACAAAUCAUCGUUUUUGUUGCUAGGGAUUAAGAACAUGUUAUAUUGCGCACAGACACGCGCACACGGCGGGGGUCACUUCAACAACAGCUAGGCGCGCGCCACGGGGUGGUGCCCCCCUAGGACUCAAGUGCACUAGGCACAGAGCACCAAGAAGAACCGAGUCCACACCGGACGCAAAGAUAGAAGUCCUGAGUGAGGUUAUUGUGGCAACAGUGCCCUAGAGUAGUAGCUCGGGUGUGGGACUGCAAGAGAAUUGCAAACCCAACUACAAAACUACGCACGCCAUCAUUAGGCGUAUCCUCCCCACAAGGAUUUGCUCUUCCCACGAGGAGGCCACACAGGUCUCUAGCUAAAGAGAGCCGUUAAACGCGUUCUAAUCUUGAAUACGUGACCCUUUUUUUUUAAUAGUCCCAGUGCUCUCGUCCUUUUAGUUUUCAUCACUCUAUUAGCACCGACUUAAUCCAUCUAAAAACGGCUCUCCUUCCUUGUAGGUUGCACCAAUUUUAAGUGUUUUCGAAGCAUUUGAACUUUGCCGGCCACCGGGGGGAUCAGAUUGGCUUGUGGGAGGAUUUGGAGAGAGAGAGAGAGGUAGAACGUUAAUCCUGAACUUAGCAUAUUUCUCGGUGCAUCUUAGAGGACCCGAAAUUUUGUAGGUACUAAGGAAAAUAACACAUUAUUGGACUUACUCACUCACAAAACUCUGGCAAACCCGGUUUCCGGCUAAACACAUAUACUAUCACUGUCAAUGGUUUCUUUGGACAGUUGUGAAACACUGUCACAAGUGCUACUAUCGUUAAUUUUACGAAUUCACUUUAAUAUGUGUACCUCUGUUUCUUGUGUUUGUUUUUCGAUCCCAUCAUGAAACGUGGCGUCAAAGGCCUAACUAUAAGAGACAGACGAGAAAUGGAAGAAAUCGUAAACGGUUUGAGAAUCGAGAGAGAUCCCGCAAUUGAUCGUCGGAUGUGACAAGCAAUACCGACGACGACCGAACCCUUAACUCAAAACGAUCGUUUUGCGAAUGCCAUGCGAACGGUCUCUCGCAGGGUUUUCUUUCGAUGGGCUCCAGUUCGUGUUACGUUUUCCGUGUUCAAAACGGAAGCGCGCACGUGCUCUACUACAAGAUAUGCGUAUGGGGGAAGGCAACACAAAAGACUGUUACAACAAAAAGAAGAAAAUCCUGCAUAAACACACACUCUACCACAUUAAGCAAGCAACUACAAACAAUUUUCAUUUUUGGUCGUCUGCUGGGGACAAAGGAGAAUCGUAUUAGAAGAUCGUAUUACCCCAGCACUUUGGCAAACUAUGGUCCCUUCUGUCGAACAGUAAUGCCCGGCUAGUCACCCUAACUUCUUGGCUAGCCGAGUUACGGCCCAGUAAGCGCACGCGAAAGCGGCCGAACGGGCAGCACAAUAGAACUCAAUCUCUCCUAGAAAAAAGAAGCGCAGCUCUAUUUGGAUGAAACAAGCGCGCGGAACACUAAUCGAGAAACAAUUGGAACAACGAAUCAUACUGUUGAAUGUGCAGGAAAACAUUGAAGCUGUUGCAGAGAAGGGAGCUAGUUGUCCGUCGUGUGCUUCUAAAGCGCAGCGAGAACUAACGAGUGAGACGGAGGAGAGAAGUAGAGCAAACGGGAACACGCCGUCUUGGUUUGCCUGUGACUGACUGGUACGCACCUUAAAAGCAAACCCGCACACAUACAUACAACAAAGGGUGUUGCGUAAGUGCAACCAAUAAGAACAAUAAAGAUACAAAACAGAACGAAGGAAGGCCAAACAUUGUUGAAUAAAAACAAGUAAAAAAAGAGUUAAAAAACAGCAAAAGGUACAAUACACACCACAAGUUACUGGAAACUGGAAGUGAGGCCCGAGAUGCACACACCCGCAAACCUGUGGAAGGAAGGCAGAACAGGAAGCGCAGCGGGUAGCGGGCAUUUUCGCGGGCUUUACACACUGUAUUACCCUCCAAAAGUAAAUGAUACUAAACGACGGUGUGUUGUAGUGGAAACUAAAAACAUCCAAAUCAAUCAAGAGUGUGUAGCAAAAGAAGGAGAAAACAAGAACCACGCUAAGAAACACAGAAAGGAAUACAAAUAUAUAUACAUAUAUUUUUAUGAAUUAUAACACAUAACAAACACUAAACAUAAACAACAAACCAAGCGAAAAGAAAAAAAAAACACAAAAAAAGGUAAACGUGAUCAAUCUACAUAAACACACACACACA